AAAUUUUACCUUGAACAAAUCCUUUCAUGAUUUUUAUAAUCUUGAUGAUUUUGUUUUGGUUUAAAGGAUGAGUUUAACUGUUUUAUAGGAACUUUUUUAAAAGAUGCAUAUCACGUGUUCGAUUGAAUGCCUUCAAGAAACCGAUUCCAUUCGGAACCUUUGAAGGCACUUAAUUUUUAUAUCAAUAUUGAAAUAUGAUGAUUUGGAGGUAAUAAGUUAACACUCACACAUGAUAAUCACACAAGUUUAUUCAUUAUGUUCUAUCCUCUCUUGGUCUCUUAGGUAAAUAAAGUUGACCUAAUUCGACAAACAUGCUAUAUUUUAACUUCAGGAUUGAUUAGUUUUCUUCAUGUGUCCCAGGUAGAAAUAGUAACCAAGUACCAAAAUAUUUCAGUUCAUAAUGGUCAGCUCAUUUAAACAGGCGUUUGCGAUAUGUUUUUGGCAUUGGUCACUAGAGGAACACGAUUGUGAUACCUGCCUCUUACUCUCCAUGUUUUGUGGCUUAUCGAUGGCGAUUUCAAGCAAACCUGGAGGGUUCGUUGUCGGCGGCGAUGAUGUCGUUGCCGGUGGCGAUGACGUUGCAGCCGGAUGCGAUGUCACUGGCGGAGUCGGAGGCAGAGGCGGUGGUCAAAUGGUGGCGGAUGGGCUGGUCGGUUUGCAAAUCGGAGAUGCAAUGGGGAUGGAGCGUCGUGUGUUGUGA